CCUCUGGCAAUGAAUGCACCCUGACUUUAGUCACCAAAUUAGUCCCCCCCUCGAUGAAGAGAUGAAAGGGGGGGGAGAGAAGAGAGUCCAAGCAUCGGACCGGGGUGGUUCUCUCCGACAUAGGCCGUUACACAAGCGAUGCAACACUCAUCUGAAGAUUCGAUUAGAAACCGAAAUUGCUCAAUAUCAAAGGGGGAGUGCAUUAUCAACUCCCGAUGUCUAUGCAAGCCCGUUGCACCAGUGCUGAGGAUGAUAAGGAUACCUGCUGCUGUUUCUCCUCCCCUACAUACAAACCCAAAUCCAUACAGAAUUUUCCUAAGUCAGUUGGGAAAUGGGUGGUGGAUAAUAAUGUUAAGCGUCCAUGCGCAGCGGCAGCCAAGAAAUGCGACGUCGACCAGGUCACUAAAAACUCCCGAUGCUAGAAGCCAAGAGUUGCUGCGCACAGCCAACUUCCUUUCGAAUUUUACUUCUCUGGAGAGGUCCAUCAAUUCCGUGUGCAGGAUAGCGCGGACACUCGGUUGGCCAGAUCAAGGCAGCGCUGCAGCAUAAGUCUUUUAAAUUCUCCCGUGGUCCGUGCAGACCUCCAGCAUGACGACUGACCUGACAACGCGAUUCGAUGGGAAUGGGUGAGGAAGCGAAAGGAAGGGGAGGGAGAGGAAAAAGUAUCAAGUGAGGUUCUCUCUCUCACACACACUCUCUCACUCACUCAGGGAAAAGUAUCUUUCUGAUGUCAUACUGGCAAGGUGCCUUGGAAAUGGGUCGUUGGAGUAGCGCUAAGCGACCGGGCAGCUAUCCA